UUAAGUCCUCCAAGGUAACUGACGGGAAUUGUGAAAUGUUUGACAAUUCUGAAUAAUUAUAAAUUUUUUGCAAAAUUAUCUUAUUAUGGGUUUAUAUAAAUCAUGAGUUUAGAAGUUCUCAAACACUCCAAAAAUGCUGCUACUAUCCUGCAGAUUGUUCUUAAAUAAAUUUGAAAACAACCAUACAUUACUCUUGUUAAGCCGCAGAACACAAACUACGACUAACGUAAAACCUCCUUCUGAUGUAAAACCAGCUGCAGCCCACGUAAAAUCAAUUAAUAAAGUUCUCGUUGCAAACCGUGGAGAUGUUGCAAUAAGAAUUUUUAGAGCAUGCAAUGAAGUCGGUGUGAAAGCGGUGGGAGUUUAUUCGCCUGAAGAUAAUGUUUUAUCACAUAAAUUGAAAGCAGACGAAACUUAUUUAAUCGGAGUUGGAAAGCAUCCAGCAGAAGCUUACAAAGAUAUUAAUGAAAUUGUUAAAGUUAGUUUAGAAGCGGGUGUCGAUGCUGUACAUCCGGGUCAUGGAUUUUUAGCUGAAAGAUCGGAUUUUGCCGAAGCUGUUAUAAAAGCAGGAUUGAAAUACAUCGGACCAUCGCCGGAGGUUUUAAAAGUUUUGGGUAAUAAAGUUGAAGCGAAAGAAGUUGCGAAAAAAUUACAAAUACCAGUUAUUCCUGGAACGGGAGUUAUAAAACGUUUAGAUGAAGCUCAGUUAUUUUUGAAAGCUGUCGAUGUUCCGAUUUUAGUGAAAGCCACAUAUGGUAGUCAUGGAAAAGGGAUUCGGUUAAUAGAUCAUCCGAAAAAAUUAAAUGAUACAAUUCAGGAAACAUUAAAUGAUGCAAAAACGUUUUUUGGCGAUGGAUCUGUAUAUUUAGAGAAAUUUUUAACGAACGUGAGGCAUAUAGAAGUUCAAGUAAUGGCUGAUACACUCGGGAAUGUUGUUCAUGUGUUCGAUAGAGAUGGUUCGAUACAAUGGGCUUAUAAAAAAAAAUUAGAAAUCGCCCCAGCACCGAAUUUACCCGAGAAAACCAGAGAUGAUCUCAUCAGCGCAUCUUUACAAAUAUGUAGGCAUCUUAAAUAUGAAGAUUUAGGUUCAUUUGAAUUUUUAGUCACUCCAGAGGGAAAAUAUUACUUUUUAGAAGUAAACGCUUGUUUAACACCUCAACAUGCAGCAACCGAAGAAGUUACAGGAAUUGAUUUGGUUCAAGCUCAGUUAAAAAUGGCUGAGGGUCGAUCAUUAAUCGAUUACUUACAUUUAAAACAAGAAAAUAUAAGAACUAACGGUUAUGCUAUUCAUUGUGAAAUUACAAGUGAAGAUCCCCAAAAAAAUUUCGAACCACAAGUUGGACAUAUUGAUGUUUUUCGUCAAGGUGCUGGUGCUGGAAUUAGAAUGGAUGGAGCUUCCGGGUUUUCUGGAGCCCAUGCAACACCGUAUUAUGACCCCGUUUUAUUAAAACUUACGGCUAAAGCAUUUUCUUUGAAAGCUACGUGUAGGAAGCUUCAUAGGACAUUGAAAGAGUUCCGCGUUCAGGGAAUACAAAAUAAUCUUUCGUUUCUAUCUAAAUUGAUGUUGGAUAAAAGUUUUCAAAAAGGCAAAAUUACUACUAACUUUCUAAACGAACACCCCGAAUUAUUUCAAUAUAAAAAACGUCAUAAUCGAGCUAACUUAUUAAUAAAUUAUUGUGGUGAUGUCAUGGUGAACGGGCCAUCAACGCAAUUUUAUACCGAUCGAAAACCUCCAAUGAUAAAACCUUUAGUGCCGAAAAUUCCUGCUAAUAUUCCUCCACCAGAAGGUUUCCGGAAUUUAUUAAAAAGUAAAGGAGCGGCCGCUUUUAUAAAAGCUGUGAAAAAUAACAAAGAUGUUUUGCUAUCAGAUACGACAUUCAGAGAUGCUCAUCAAUCACUUUUAGUAACGAGAGUUAGAACUUUCGAUCUUCUUCGAAUAGCACCUUAUGUUUCGCAUUAUCUAAACAAUCUCUUCUCAAUAGAAAUGUGGGGAGGAGCUAGUUUUGAAGUAGCGAUGAAUUAUCUCCACGAAUGCCCAUGGGAAAGACUAAUUGAACUGAGAAAAUUAAUUCCAAAUAUUCCUUUUCAAAUGUUAAUUAGAGGCGCUUCAAUCGUUGGAUACUCAAAUUAUCCUGAUAAUGUUGUGUAUAAAUUUUGCGAAAUGGCCACGAAAGCUGGUAUUGACAUUUUCAGAGUUUUCGAUUCUUUAAAUUAUUUACCCAACAUGCAAAUGACAAUAGAUGCCGUACAUAAAGCUGGUGGUAUAGUUGAAUCCGCACUAUCGUAUACUGGCGAUAUUGCGGAUCCAACCAAAAAGAAAUACACAUUGCAAUAUUAUUUAGAUUUAGCGGCAAAAUUGGCGAGUUAUGGAAGUGAUAUGAUUUGUGUAAAAGACACCGCUGGACUUUUAAAGCCAAAAGCGGCAAGUUUGCUGGUAACCGCUUUAAAAGAAAAACUUCCCGAUAUGCCAAUUCAUGUCCAUACGCAUGAUACCAGUGGAAAUGGGGUUGCAACAUUAUUAGCGUCUACAUUUGCGGGUGCUGAUAUAAUUGAUGUAGCUGCUGAUACUAUGUCUGGGAUCACCAGCCAACCGAGUAUGGGAGCAAUAAUAGCGGCAGUUCAAAACACCACAAGAACAACUAAUAUCGGUUUAGAGCAGGUAUCUAAAUACUCAGCUUAUUGGGAACAAACUAGAACGUUAUAUGCGCCUUUUGAGUGUACUUCAACCAUGAAAACUGGAAAUUCAGAUGUCUACUUCAACGAAAUUCCAGGACAUCAAUACAUCAACCUUCAAUUUCAAGCUUAUUCUUAUGGUUCUGGAGAUCAUUUUGAAGAUAUUAAAAAAGCAUUUUCAGAGGCUAAUGAAUUAUUAGGAAACAUUGUAAAAUCUUCACCGACUUGUUACAUAGUAGGUGAUUUGGCUCAUUUUAUGGUUCAAAAUAAACUAUCCGCUAAGGAUAUUGCGGAUAAAGCCGACGAAUUACCACUUCCUGCUUCUGUGGUUCAUUUCUUCCUUGGUGGUUACGGCGAGCCGUAUCAAGGAUAUCCGGAACCUUUAAGAACGAAAAUUGUUAAGGGAAUGAAAACUUAUGAAGCUCGACCUGGUUCUUCAUUAACAUCUUUUGAUUUUAAAAAACUUGAAGACGAACUUAAAACAAAGUACGAAAAAGUCUCGGAAUACGAUAUUAUGUCCGCUGCUCUUUUACCCGACGUUGCUAAUAACUAUUUCCGAUUCAGAGCCCAUUACGGGCCGGUCGAUAAACUCCCCACAAGAAUAUUUUUGGUCGGCCCUCAAAUCGGAGAAGAAUUCACCGUUAAUGUAGGCAGAGGAAAAACGUUUAUGGUUACGAUUUUAGCAAUUUCCAGUAGCGCCCAAGGACGACGUAAGGUAUUUUAUAGAUUAAAUGGAAUGCUUAGAUUAGCAUCUAUAAAAGAUCGAAAAGCUGGUAAGGCGGUCGUUAUCAAUCCUAAAGCUGAAAGAGGAAAUAAACUUCACGUCGGUGCUCCGUUAAGAGGAACCGUCCUUAAAAUAAAUGUUAAACCCGGAGAUGUCGUCGAAAAAAGAUUCCCACUCGCCGUUUUAUCCGCCAUGAAAAUGGAUACAACCAUUUUUUGUCCAUUCCCAGGGAUGGUAAAAACCGUAAAUGUUGCUGUUGGUUCAGAAGUUGAAAUUGGAGAUCUCAUUAUUACGUUAGAGUAAAAAUCGAAGUUUCACGUCUUUAAAUUGUAUGAUAAAAUAUUUUUUUUUAAAUAAAUAAUUUGAAUAAUA